GGGGCCCUGGGGCCAGCUCAUCGCCGGAAGUCUCCGUGGGCCGCUGCCCGGCGUUCCUCGCCGGUCUGGUCCGUCCUGCUUCCCAGUGCCUCAGGCCUCCAGGGGCUGAUGCUGGGCGCUGAGCCGGCACAGCUGGCGGAACCCGCUUCCCGCCUCCAGAGGGCAGCGGCCGCGGCCUAGUCCCUUCACGUGCAGCUCGGUGCCGUCGGCCUCACAGCUCUUCCUAUCGCCGGGAGUGGCUGGCCGACCAGUGGGCGGCCGGGCCAGCCUCCGCCAUUCCCGUGUCUCUGCGCCCGCGGGGGCCGCCCGAGCCGGCCACCAUGCCGCUGGGCCUGAAGCCCACCUGCAGCGUCUGCAAGACCACGUCGUCCUCCAUGUGGAAGAAGGGCGCGCAGGGGGAGAUCCUCUGCCAUCACUGCACGGGCCGGGGCGGCGCGGGCGGCGGGGCUACCGGCUCGGGGGCUGCCGGAGGGACUGGGGGCAGCAGCGGCGGCGGCGGCUUCGGCGCGGCGACCUUUGCCAGCACCUCCGCCGCCCCUCCGCAGAGCAACGGGGGCGGGGGCGGCAAGCAGAGUAAGCAGGAAAUUCACAGGAGGUCUGCUCGGCUCAGAAACACUAAAUACAAAUCUGCUCCGGCUGCUGAAAAGAAAGUUUCCACCAAAGGAAAAGGGAGAAGACACAUAUUUAAAUUGAAAAAUCCCAUCAAAGCUCCUGAGUCAGUUUCCACCAUAAUCACCGCAGAAUCAAUCUUCUACAAGGGAGUAUAUUAUCAAAUUGGUGAUGUUGUUUCUGUGAUUGAUGAACAAGAUGGAAAGCCCUACUAUGCUCAGAUCAGAGGCUUUAUCCAGGACCAGUAUUGUGAGAAGAGUGCAGCACUGACCUGGCUCAUUCCCACUCUCUCCAGCCCCAGAGACCAAUUUGAUCCUGCCUCCUAUAUCAUAGGGCCAGAGGAAGAUCUUCCAAGGAAGAUGGAAUACUUGGAAUUUGUUUGUCACGCACCUUCUGAGUAUUUCAAGUCGCGGUCAUCACCAUUCCCCACAGUUCCCACCAGACCAGAGAAGGGCUACAUAUGGACUCAUGUUGGGCCUACUCCUGCAAUAACGAUUAAGGAAACAGUUGCCAACCAUUUGUAGUUCACAGAUUAAAACUGGAUUUCCAGGCUUGGUGUGGUGGUUCACACCUGUAGUUCCAGCUGUCACACAACUGCUCUCCAGGCUGGGCAACAGAGUGAGAUUCCAUCUCUUAAAAAAACCAUAAAUAACUGGAUUUCCAAUUCUCUUAUAUUCUUAGUACCAUGAGAUAUGUCACAGGUAUCUUUCUUUCUUUCUUUUUUUUUUUUUUUUUUUGAGACAGAGUUUCACUGUUGUUACCCAGACUGCAGUGCAAUGGCACGAUCUCGGCUCACCACAACCUCCGCCUUCUGGGUUCAAGCAAUUCUCCUGCCUCAGCCUCCCGAGUAGCUGGGACUACAGGUGCACAACACCAUGCCCAGCUAAUUUUUGUAUUUUUAGUAGAGACGGGGUUUCACCAUGUUGACUAGGAUGGUCUCGAUCUCUUGACCUCGUGAUCCACCCACCUCGGCCUCCCAAAGUGCUGGGAUAUAGGCAUGAGCCACCACGCCCAGCCUUGUCACAGGUAUCUUUCAAUGAAAUUCUUAGCUGGAAAAAUGACUAAAAAUUUUUCUCCUACUGCCUAGUAAUCAUUAGAUUGCUUAUUACUAGUCACUUAGAAAAUUAAAAGGAAUAGGACUAGGCACAGUGGCUAAUGCCUGUAAUCCCAGCAAUUUGGGAGGACCAGCUGUUUGGAUCACCUGAGGUCAGGAGUUCAAGACAAGCCUGUCCAACAUGGCGAAAUCCCUUCUCUACUAAAAAUACAAAAAUUAGCCAGGCGUGGUGGCACACGCCUGUAAUCCCAGCUAUUUGGGAGGCUGAGGCAGAAGAAUCACUUGAACCCAGGAGGCCGAGAGUGCUCCACUGCACUCCAGCCUGGGCAACAGAGUGAAAAAAACAACAGGCUGGGGAAAGUGGCUCACGCCUGUAAUCCCAGCACUUUGGAAGGCUGAGGCAGGUGGAUUACAAGGUCAGGAGUUUGAGACUAGCCUGGCCAGUAUGGUGAAACCCUGUCUCCACUAAAAAUACAAAAAUUAGCCAGGCAUAGUGGCGGACGCCUGUAAUCCCAGUUACUCGGGAGGCUGAGGCAGGAGAAUUGCUUGAACCCAGGAGGCGGAGAUUGCAGUAAGCCGAGAUUGCAUUACUGUACUCCAGCCUGGGUGACAGAGCAAGACUUUGUCUCAAAAAAAAAAAAACCAAACAAACAAAAACAGGCCAGGUGCAGUGGCUCACGCCUGUAAUCCCAGCACUUUGGGAGGCCGAGGUGGGUGGAUCACGAGGUCAAGAGAUCGAGACCAUCCUGGUCAACAUGGUGAAACCCCGUCUCUACUAAAAAUACAAAAAAUUAGCUGGGCAUAGUGGCGCGUGCCUGUAAUCCCAGCUACUCAGGAAGCUGAGGCAGGAGAAUUGCCUGAACCCAGGAGGUAGAGGUUGUGGUGAACCGAGAUCGCGCCAUUGUACUCCAGCCUGGGUAACAAGAGUGAAACUCUGUCUCAAAAUAAUAAUAAUAAUAAUAAAAUGGAUAGAAUAGAAUGAAAUAUUUUGAAGUUAAAUUAUAUUCUAUAUGUGUAUCUUCCCAGGCAAAAGCAGUAAUUUCCAGAGAGACCAUUAGGAACAGGUAGUGUCUAUUUUUCUCCAUUAUUUAUAACUCAUAAAAUAGAUUAUAUUUUUCUAUAAGAACAAAAUAUUAAUUAAGGUAUAAAUGACUGACCAAGGGCUUAAUCAAAAUGACUAACAGUAUCUAUCAUAAAGCCACACAGCCUUAUGUUCUCAUCUCAAAAAUGCUGUGGCAGCUUUUUAGUGCUUUAACCAUAAGAAAAGUGAUGGAUUAUUUUAUUAGCCCAGACUUUUUAAAACUUUCAUCUAGGCAGGGUGCAGUGGCUCACACCUGAAUCCCAACACUUUGGGAGGCCUAGGUGGAUAGAUCACUUAAAGUCAGGAGCUCAGGACCAACCUGGCCAGCAUUGUGAACCCCUAUCUCUACUAAAAAUAUAAAAAUUAUCUGGGUGUUUUGCCACGUGCCUGUAAUCCCAGCUACUCUAAACCAUCUACUAGGGACAGUCAUGAAAGUGACUGAUAGGCCAUUAACACUGAUAAUUUUAAAAUGUCUACCCUAAACCAUCUGCUAUGGACCCAUAAUAAGAGGACUGUUGUAUAUGAAUUGUCUAGAAUUCAGGUGCAGGUCUUCGCCAGUUAAGUAAGGGAGCACCAUAUAAAAUGGGGAAGGAGUGGGGUGCAUUUAUUUGCUUCCUCUUCUUUCCUGAUUUAACCAGCAUUUUUCAACCUUGGGAAAAUUUGCAGAAUCUAAGUUGAUCGUAAUGAUUUUGAGCUGCAGCACCUUUAACUCUUACCCUUUUUCUACAGUUACGGUGUGUCAGUUGGAAAGAAACAACUGUAGGUAACUCCAUGUACAUAAUUAUUUCUUUAUUCACAAAGGGUAUAGUAAAAUUGAUUGUAAAUAACAUUGUAAAUAACUUUCUAAAUGCUAAUAAUCAAAACUUUUGGAUUAAAAUAUAUUUUUCAAAGUGUA